AAAAAGGUUGUAGCACAAUUGAUAUUUUUUUUAAAUUACAUGAUGCAUACUUGGAAUUAAUAAAUGGUUAGGUGUUAAUAUCUUUAACUUCAUUUCUGUUGAUAAGUGUACUUUGUUGCUAAUAUUAAUAAAGUUAUUUUGUGUGAUUUUGGUUAUUUUAUAUUUACCCGACAUUUUCCAUUAAUGGAUGCGUCAUUACUAUUCUUAGUAAAUAAGUGACGUAUUCUGACCUCCAUGUUGUCACGAUUUUAAUCUGAGUAAAGCAAAAACAGCUAAACACAAAAUAAACUUCAACUGACAGCUUUUUAGAUGUUUAUUUUACCAUAAAAUAAUCUAGUAUUACGGUAAUACUAGAUUAUUAUUAAUAAUUCGAUUUAUUUUUUUCAUGGACUCUUUACUGUACACACCGUGUUGGAUGAGGAUAACAUGAGGGUUGACUUCAGUAAUCCAAGUAAUCCAGGAUCAUGUCUUCGAAGAUGGGACGGUAAUCGCCCAAAUGCGGUGGUUCCGCAAGGGUGAGCCGCCACGGCUGCUCGCCGUAUCACCGGAAACCGAACCUCGAACCACGCGACCCUCUAGAAAUGAUUCUUCACCAGUAAGUUACUUGCAAAGAAAAAGUAGCAGCAGUUCGGUUGAAACCAAUUUCUAUAACCUAAACGAACAAGUGAUAACCGUUGAAAAAUCGCAGCACACGUGUCACAAUAAUGAACACACACCGGUUACUCGACGAAUAUCUUUGCAAAAUAGUCCAACUUCCUUACAAGAGAGUUGUGUUUCUAGUCGAAAGAAUCGUGCAGGAUCCGUAGAAAAGGAAUACAUGGUGUAUCGCGAAAAACGAAAUCCUUUACUAGAUAAAGUGAAAAAUACGAAACUGUCAUGUUUUAAGUCGAACGGUACUUUUCGAUACGGUGAUGAUGCUGCGUCUACUUCAGGAAGUGAAUGUAGUGGCUUCGGACACGUCGAAGACGUUAGUCAAAGUCGUUAUCCAGAAUCAUAUCCAGAACCACACAACGAGUUCGAAAACCACAACCCAUGGGUUAAAAUGCAACAUUAUGAAGACGAAGUUUUUUAUCCGAAAAGCCCUGUAGAAUGUAAUUGGAGGGAAGGUAAAUCAUUCACGAAUCGAGGGACUAGAUGUUACAGUUCAGGAUCAGAGUGUGAUCGAUAUCAUGCCACACCGAAAACAGCCACUAAACUGUCUAAAUCCAGUGAUCAAAUAUUUAAUGAUGAUUAUGAAUACUUAGAUACACCCAUUGCCAUAAAAUCCGACUGUAAGACUGAUAAGUAUAAGAAUAAAAAUGAAAAAGACACGAUAGGACCAAGCUCCUGUCUUUCCGCUAAGAUUCGAGCUAUGUCAGACAGGUAUUUGAAAUCCUCAAAUAGAAUUUUAUCGAAACUCUAUAAACAAAAUGGGGAAGACAAUGACACAGCACACAGCAUGACUGAGAACAUUUCAAAAUCAAAUAGUAGAAGCCGCAAGAAAAAAGGUGGAGUCAAAGCAAAACUCAGAAGCUUUUCUUACGGUGCACUACCGGGUCUAGACGAAUUUCAGAAAAGUCAAAGUGCCGUAUUUCAUGACGAUGUCUUCAACAUCUCUUGUGACGAUGAAAAUGUGUUAUUGCAAGACUGUGAGGAUGCAGACUCUGGAAUACUAGUGAAUGAAUCAGCUGCAUCUUCUAUGUUUGAUAAUGAUAGACUACCUCCGCGGUGUGAAAGUUCCGCAUCGCAAACUAAUUCUCAAGGACCUUGUCAUAGUAGAAGUGUUUCCGGUGACCAAAGUUUUGCUAAAGUUAGAGUUUCACACAGAAAGAGUAGAGAGAGGAGUGAAUUUCCUAAACCAAAACCAAGAAAUUCCCAAAGAGCUCUAUCGUUAGAUCGUAAAGAAAUACUACGGCGAAUGCCAAAGAACUGUGAUACUGAGGAACCUCAAUAUCUUCAAUUAACGGAGAAACAGAGAAUGCGUCAAAGAGAUGCUAGUCAAGGUGAUUGUGGAAUUCCGCCUAUACCGCCAUGUCGCAAGCCCUUAAAGCACUCGAGUAAACCUCAAUCGGAGUUCAAAGUAGUGAAAAUAAUAAGAAAUUGUCCUAAUGAUGAACUGGGUAUAUUCAUCGCUAAGACAAAGCUGUCGGAUGAAGGACAUAUUGGAUACCUGGUGGCACAUGUUGUACCAGGAGGUUUAGCAGCUAAGGAGGGCUCUCUGCGUAUCGGCGAUGAAUUGCUCAAUGUAAAUGGACGAAGACUUCGAGAUCUUACCAUGUCAGAAGCCAAAGAUGCAUUGCGAUCUGGAGCGGCCGAAAUCGACAUAGUUAUUUGCAGACAGCGGGAACAAAAAAAGCCUGGUGUAUUAAUGCGAGAAAGUUCCGUAGACUAUGAAAACGCAGUCAUAUUGGGGAAGGAACGAGGCGUCAAUAAAUAUGACGUCAGAACAGCGCGUCAUCAGAACCAGGAUGACACUGGCUGUAAUCGCAAAGGCUUAUCAAUCGAGCCGGACAACGCGACGGCCACGCAGUCGCAUUUCCUAAAGGGUCAGAACGCGAGCUACAGCAGUAUGAAUAACAAGCUCCUGCGCCGACAGGUCGUUAGUUACGGCGGUGCAAACAAGGAAACAAUGACGUUAAGCUGUACAGGUGAUAUCGUUGACGUUGACGUGCCAGAUGGAGUGACAGAUCGUGUUGAGAAAAAUGAAGACACUGAAAUACAGACACCUAAUGCGGCAAACUUCUGUACUCUACCUCGCAGACCAAGAGCGCCUACGCAUACGUAUCACACAAUUACCUUUGAAAAAGGCCACGGAAAGAAGCCAUUGGGAUUUACAAUUGUGGGAGGACGAGAUUCACCCAGAGGUCCUUUGGGGAUUUUCAUAAAAAGUAUUUUGCCACAAGGUCAGGCGAUAGAUGAUGGUAGAUUAAAAGCUGGGGAUGAAGUGCUAGCAGUGAAUGGACAAGCGUGUCAUGAGUUGGCGCAUAUUGAAGCAUUAGCACUUUUCAAAGCUGUGCGAAGUGGGCCUAUCGAGUUACGAGUUUGCCGCAGAGUGAGGAACCAAUCUGCUAAAGCCAAGUCAUGCACAGAUCUUCUAAAUGACGACGAUUGAGGGAACGAGAAUUGUGUCAGGAACUUCAUCCGGUGUUUGAAAUUCGAUCUUGAAACGGCGAAAUAAAGCCGUGUUUUUGAUGGUCUUGGUAAAGGCCGCUUUAAAAUAUAUUGUAUUAUUUGCUAAAUUGUAAACAUAAGGACAAAACCAAAACUACGUAUGUAUUUUGUAGAAAACAUGUGUACGUGACAAAAGGCAUUUUAGCUAGCAACUGAACGUAGUCAAAUGACAAGAAAGUUAAAACAACUGUAGUAGCUGGUUGUUCACAUAAAUCUAAUAUCUAGCUUAACCUUAUUUUUCCCUUUCAUCUAAACUCAAAAUAUGGGAGAAAUUAAUUUGACCAAAUUCACUCCCAUUUUUCUUUAAUGUGCCAUUUUAGCGCUUUAAGGCAUAUAUUUUUAUUUUUAUUUCUAGUUGUCAAUGGUCAUAUACAUACUACAAAGCUCAAUUAGUUCAAUAAUGAUAAAUGAUAGAGACAUUUAUAGUAUGUCUAUGAAGGGAAAGAUUAAAUGCCUUCUGGGUUUUGUGUAGAAACCUGUAUCCAAAGAUAGUUUCAUAACGUCUCUAAUAUGCAAAUCCUUGUUUCAUAUUAUCUAUUAAGGAAAUACUAGAAAAUAUUUGUUUUCCCUUUAUCGUUAACUUUAGUGACUAUCUGUUGAUGUCAAUGUUUUCUUUUUCAAACACUAUUCUUUUAUUCAUUUAACUCAAGUAUAUUAAACAAUAAUCAUUAUUAAGUUCAUAGUACGAAGCAUGUUGUUAAAUUUUUAUAUAAAUUAUGGAUGUAUGGUAUCUUGCACUUUGUUCAGUGACUGGUAUACAAUUAGUAAAAAAUGCCCUAAAAUAUUAAAGUUAAUAAAAUAAAUAAAUUAAAUAUCGAUUUAAAUAAUAUGGUGUUAAUAAUCUAUAUGUAUGCGUAUGUCUAAUGCAUAAAGGUCCUCCGUUCGAUUUCCGCCAUAACUAUAAAUGUUUUUAUUACAAUUGUACAAAUGAUAACUUAUUGUAGAUAUUAGCAAUGUAGCCAAUUAUGUAUAAUUUUCUAUGUAAAAUGUCCAUUUCGAACUUUUUAUUAGUGUGAAUAAUCAAUACUUUUUUUGCACAAAAUGUAAAUAUUUAUUUGCUACAAUUAUUUAGUACUAGAAAACUCUUCAAUUGUUGCUAGUUGACUGUGCAAUGCAAUAUUGAACUAAAUUGAAUGGUUUUGAUCUGAUUUCUGUGAUAAAAUUUAGUAUUUUAUGAAUUUUGAAGCAACCUUUUAGAAGGUACAACAAAAGACGAAUUGGCAGUACUUUUUUGUGAUUGGGAAUGAAGGAUCGGAUUGCGUGUCUGUGGUUGCACGUCCUUCGCCUCAUAGUACAUUUCACAUUUUCCUAAAUAUGUUUUACAUCUUUCAAAAAAAUACAAUUACUCGAACAAUUAUUCAUAUGAAAUAUUUAAAUUAAAGUUAUGAUACAUAUGUAGUCAUCUAUUUUAAAUUAAUAAAAUCAAUUAACUAUUUCUACACUAAAUCUAGAAAUAGUAUAGGAAUAUAUUAUUUAGAUAGCUUUUUGUAAAUAUGAACCAUGAUUGUAAACGUAUAAAUU